UUCUAAAACAGGGUGUAAUUCUCAUCUUCACCUUAAGGAUGUGUUACUGACGGCAUCCCUCAGAUCCUGAGAAGCUGUGGGAAAAGAGGACCGCGAGACUGUCCUGUGGUCCUGCUGCAUCCAAUUUCUUGCGGAUUCAGUUAUCAGCGUGCGUCUCUCUCGGUUGUGCUUGAGAGCGCGAUGCGAGGAAGAGUCAUGGAUAAAUCAUAAACGUGCAAACCACUGGAUUUAUUUGAUGCGUAUGGUUGUGGGCUUGAAGUUAUAAGGAUUCGGAAUAAUUCUUCAUAUUUCCAACCAGGCUGCUGAGAGGAGGACUGUUGCAAUGUCAUCCCGUUUAACAUUCUUGGAGCUUUGUGGAAGAGGGAUGCUGGAAUGAAGUCGAGCACAAUGGGGUUUUCCAGGUUGGUUCUUCUGACUCUUCCAGCUCUCCUUACCCUCAUUAACAUCUCACAUGCGGCGGAAAAAGUUCCCAUACUGAACAUUGCUGUGAUCCUGGGUCAAACACGCUACAUCUCAGACAGAGAUAUACGGGCUCUGUGGAGCAAAGACGAUCCCAUAGAUGUCAACGUGGUGACCCUGCUGGUGAACGAAACAGACCCCAAGAGCAUCAUUACCCAUGUGUGCGAUCUCAUGUCCGGGACUAAAAUCCACGGGGUGGUGUUUGGGGACGGCACAGACCAGGAAGCCAUCGCCCAGAUUUUGGAUUUUAUUUCCUCGCAGACGUUGAUACCCAUCCUUGGGAUCCACGGGGGCUCGUCCAUGAUAAUGGCGGAUAAGGACGUGAAAUCGACAUUCUUCCAGUUCGGGGCCUCCAUCCAACAGGAGGCGCUGCUCAUGCUUAACAUCAUGGAAGAGUACGACUGGCAUGUCUUUUCAAUAGUGACCAGCAAGUUCCCAGGUUACCAGGAUUUCAUCACCAUUCUGAGGACCACGGUUGACAACAGCUUUGUUGGUUGGGACCUUCAGCACACCAUCACCCUGGACGCUGUGGAUGGCGACUCCAAGGCCCAGAUCCAACUGAAGAAGGUGCAGUCUCCAGUUAUCCUCUUGUAUUGCUCCAAAGACGAAGCAGCUUUCGUCCUGGAGGAGGCCCGCUCGCUGGGCUUGACCGGCUUUGGAUACAUCUGGAUCGUGCCCAGCAUGACAACAGGCAACCCGGACAUCACACCAGAUCCGUUCCCUUCUGGAAUGAUCUCUGUGUCCUACGAUGACUGGGACUAUCCUCUUGAGGCACGAGUUCGAGAUGGCCUUGGGAUUAUAACCACAGCGGCUGCAGCGAUGUUGGAAGAGUUUGGGGACAUUCCAGAGGCCAAAACCAGCUGCUAUGGCCAAAUGGAGAAGGCGAAGUUGCCACCCAGUGCAUUACAUAAGUACAUGAUGAACGUGACCUGGGACGGCAAAGAUUUAUCCUUCACAGAGGACGGUUACCAGGUGCAUCCCAAACUGGUGGUGAUCGUGUUGAACAAGGACAGAGAAUGGGAAAAGAUGGGCAAGUGGGAGAACCAGAGUUUGACCUUAAAAUUUCCGGUGUGGCCACGCUUCAACUCUUUUGGUGACGGGGAGACAGAUGACAAUCACCUGACCAUUGUUACCCUGGAGGAGAAGCCCUUUGUCAUAGUGGAAAAUGUGGAGCGCCUCACGGGCACCUGCAUGAGAAACUCUGUGCCCUGUCGCAAACACAUCAAAGACAAUACCACGGAGGGAGGAGGGACGUACAUUAAAAAGUGUUGCAAGGGAUUCUGCAUCGACAUCCUCAAGAAGAUUGCACGAAACGUGAAGUUCACAUAUGACCUCUAUCUGGUGACCAAUGGGAAGCAUGGGAAAAAAAUCAACAAUGUAUGGAACGGCAUGGUGGGAGAGGUGGUCAACAAAAAAGCCGUCAUGGCCGUGGGCUCGCUGACAAUCAAUGAAGAACGCUCGGAGGUCAUUGAUUUCUCUGUGCCCUUUGUGGAAACAGGGAUCAGUGUGAUGGUAUCCCGUAGCAACGGAACAGUCUCUCCAUCGGCUUUUUUAGAGCCCUUCAGUGCAUCGGUGUGGGUGAUGAUGUUCGUGAUGUUGUUGCUGGUGACCGCAAUGGCUGUCUUCAUGUUUGAAUACAUCAGCCCCUUGGGCUUCAACAGGAACCUAGCUCAGGGCAAAGAUCCCCACGGACCAUCUUUCACCAUGGGGAAAGCAGUGUGGCUGCUGUGGGGCCUGGUGUUCAACAACUCUGUACCUGUGCAAAACCCCAAAGGCACCACCAGUAAAUUCAUAGUGUCUGUGUGGGCUUUCUUUGCUGUCAUCUUUCUGGCCAGUUACACUGCUAAUCUGGCUGCCUUCAUGAUCCAGGAGGAAUUUGUGGACCAGGUGACAGGUCUAAGCGACAAAAAGUUUCAGAGCCCUUACUCCUAUUCUCCUCCCUUCCGCUUUGGAACGGUUCCAAAUGGCAGCACAGAGAGGAACAUCAAGAAGAAUUAUCCGGACAUGCAUCAGUACAUGGUGAAGUAUCAUCAGUCUGGAGUGAAUGACGCACUGGUCAGCUUGAAGACCGGCAAACUUGAUGCUUUCAUAUACGAUGCAGCUGUGCUGAAUUACAUGGCUGGUAGGGACGAGGGUUGUAAACUGGUGACCAUUGGCAGCGGCUACAUCUUUGCUACCACUGGCUAUGGUAUUGCCCUGCAGAAAGGAUCUCUCUGGAAGCGUCCGGUCGACCUUGCCAUCCUUGCUAUUAUUGGAGAUGGUGAGAUGGAGGAGUUGGAGGCUCAGUGGCUGACUGGGAUCUGUCACAAUGAGAAGAACGAAGUAAUGAGCAGCCAGCUAGACGUGGACAACAUGGCCGGUGUGUUUUAUAUGCUGGCGACCGCGAUGGGCCUCAGUCUGAUCACCUUUAUCUGGGAGCACCUGUUCUACUGGAGACUCAGAUACUGCUUUACUGGAGUCUGCUCGGGCAAACCCGGCCUGCUCUUCAGCAUCAGCAGGGGUAUUUGGAGUUGCAUUCAUGGUGUCCAUAUCGACAUGAAGAAGAAAUCAUCUGACUUGGACUUCAGCCCACAAUCCAACAUGCUUAAGCUUAUCAAAUCUGCCAAGCAGAUGACUAACAUGACCAACCUUAGCGGCUCCAGGAUCAACUCUCCCAAACGGAGUGGCGAGUACAUGCACUCAGCAAGCCCCAUGAUCAUGGACAUGAUGGCAGAGAAAGGAAACUUCAUCUACACCGACAAUCGCAGCUAUGCCCAAAAGGACAUUUACGGAGACUCCGGUGACCUGCAAGCGUAUCUAGCCAACCGCCACAAGGACCAUCUGAACAACUACAUUUUUCAAGGUCAGCAUCCCCUCACCCUUAAUGAAUCAAAUCCCAAUACGGUAGAGGUGGCGGUGAGCGCAGACGCGGCCCAGACCAACGCGAAACCUAGGGCUUUGUGGAAAAAAUCUGUGGAUACGUUACGUCAAACUCAGGGGCCUGAAACACUGGACCCCCGUUUGUCUAUGAAGAGCCAGAGGUACUUGCCAGAAGACACAGCGCACUCUGAUAUCUCCGACUGCUCAAGCAGGGCCGCCUCUUACAAGGAUCCAGACAAUAACAAGCACAUGAAGCCAAAAGAUAGCUUAAAAAAAAGAUCGAUGACGUCAAAAUACCCUAGGGAUUGCAGCGAGGUAGAGCUGUCCUACUUAAAAAAUAAGCAGGGCGGAGCGGGACAGGGGAAAAUCUACACCAUAGACUCUGACCGGGAGCUGAGUCUGCACUCAGAUCCUCAGCACUACAGGGAAGGCAGAGGCCUGACCACCGAUGAUUUGGAUUUUGCAGAAAUUUACUCCGACCACAACGACAAUUACAGGAAAUGCGACCAGCCCAUCAUCCAUCUCAACAGCAGCCCCCUACAUCAAACUGACUCCGACCUCCUGCCAGACAACGUCUUCAACAAACACUACAGCAUGAAGGAGAAGAAUGUCAGUCCGAACGAAAGCAACGACCGCUUCAAACAGACUCAUUGUCGCAGCUGUCUCUCCAAGGUGCCCAAUUACAGUACAGGGCCGUACGCCCCCUUACGCUCCCCGUAUAACCGGUGUGAGGCGUGCCUCCACAUGGGCAACUUGUAUGACAUCAGCGAGGACCAGAUGUUGCAGGAGGCCAUGAUAAGCCCCAGCAUGCACCAAGAUGACAUGUUCAGCCAUUACUGGCCUCAGACAGAUGGGCCACACGUACAGAGGAGGAACAGGCUAAGGCUCAGCCGUCAGCAUUCAUUUGACAAUAUCAUGCUUGAGAAGCCCAAAGAGAUUGACCUGAACCGGCCGGCACGUAGCGUCAGCCUAAAGGAGAAGGACCGCUUCCUGGACGACAGCCCUUAUGCAAACAUGUUUAACAUCAAGGCCGACAAACUUUUCGGCAGCAGGUCCACCCUCUUUAACCGUAACCUAGAGGAAAGCAAGCGUAGUAAGUCACUUUACCCCGACCACCCCUCAGACAACCCCUUCAUGCAAUCCAUACGGGAUGACACUCGCCUGGUCCACGGCAGGAGCUCCACAGACAUUUACAAACAAUUGGCUCCAAUUAAAGCUCGAAACGAGAACAAUCUGAGGUCCUCCGUAAAGUCCACCACUUCGUACUGUUCCAGGGAUGGUCGAAUACCCAAUGACAUGUACAUUUCAGAGCAUGCAAUGCCUUACGUAGCCAACAAGACUAGUGCAUACUCAGCUCCCCGGGUUCUUAACUCUUCGCAGUUUAGCAAUAGACGAGUAUAUAAGAAAAUACCUAGUCUCGAGUCAGACGUUUAACGCUUUUUUGUGUAGCUGAAAUAUUUACUCACUUAGAAUGCCACAGUCACCUACAUCUUAAAUGGUACCCGAGUACUCUUUCUGCAGAUAUCGCUCUUCUUAUACGAGUGAGUCAGACUGGAUAGCGCUUUCCAAAGGUUUCAGCAUUUUCAGAUGCCUUCUUGGCAAGUGUCUCUGCGACUAAUUGCCAAAAGACAAUUCGUCGAGUCUAAGCCAAUAAAAUUUGGUUCAGCAUGGAAAUCGAUGAUUAUCCCCCACACUUGGCCCAGUGCUAGUGUGUACACCAAUGCUGAGUGCAAAGCUUUGAAGUCUGACCCAUCACUGUGGUGGGCUGAAGCAGAAUAUAGCGUGGGGUUUCAGGUUUUUGGCCCCUCACAGCAUGUAAUGUGGGCAUACUUACUUGUAUCACAUUGAUUGUGGCUGAACUAGUUCCUGAACUUAGGGCAAGCAAGGGUAUUUCAUUCAUGGCACUCGGCAAUUGCAUUUUUGCUUUUAUUAAUAUAGACUUGGGAUAUUUUUGGCAUUCUAAUCCCUAUUUAUCUUAUUUGGUAGCACAAUACUCAUUAGUUACUAGCCCAUCUCUGCUUUAUAAACAGAACUUCUAUAUUACUGUCAGGAUUAGAUUAUUUUUUUGUUUUUUGCAUGUGUGUUUAUUUCUUGCCUUUUCUCUCUUAUUUUGGUCGAAUAUAUAAUUGUACUAAGGUGAUUUUGGUUGACAGCUGAGGUGGUCAUCUGUGCAAUGAAAACUUGACCUGUAUUUAUGUGGUUUGACCCUGGGUUGUGCCUAAGACACACAGGCAGCCCUUGGGAGUUUUGUGUUGAUCCCCUAUUUCAAGAUUUAUGUUCUGUUGGAGAAAGUGAGAUACUUUCGUGAUGGAAGUUAGCCUCACAUUUGUUUUCUUCAAUACUUCCAUCCAUAUCACUGUACACUGUGAAACCAAAUCAAAUCACCUCCUGAAGACAGUUGUUUACAUCGUUGUUUGGCAAAGGAUUGCUUUGUGUGAAAAACAGUGCCACAUGUAAAACCUUGGGUUAGCUUGAAGUCUGAACCAGAACAUUGGUUUUCUAUUGCGGUCCGUACACAUGCAUUUGCAUUGAGGACUGUAGCGAGACCUUUGUUCUGCAGACCUAUUACUACACUUAAUACUGUAUUAAAUACAUUCAUGCAAUGUUAAUCAGAACACAUAGCCAAAUUGUGUAUUCGAUCAAAUACCUCAGGAUGGUUCUUUGUCAUUUUGUCUUACAUUUUCACCGCAGUACUCACAUUUAGCCAUCUUGGAAACGAGAGUUUGAUGCAAAACUGGGUUUUUCUGUUUGGAAAAAAUCUGAAAGUGUUGUAUAGUUAAAGCAAUUGAUACAAACUUGCUGAAAUGUAUACUGUACAUUGUGCUAAUAUUAUUUUCUUAAUCUGACAUAAUUCACUGCACACCACCAUAUCACAGUCAUAACAUAUUCAUAUGAAGUGCUGCUUAAAAAAGCUAGUGUGCAAUGCACAUGUAAAAUAUCAAGGUCUUGUAAUCAUUUACGUCAUUCAUACUGUAGUUUUUACUCUUUGCAACUUGUUUUUCAGUUCCCUUUUCACCCCUGUAAUAACCCCAGUCUUUAAGGAAAAUGUAUUUUGAUUACAUGAAAAAUUAUAAUAAUGGCAUGCAACUCAAUUGUAACUCUUUCUAUGUUUUUGUUAUGAUGUUAUGAUCACAAAUUAUUUGUAACAGGGUGAAAAUAUAUCAUAUAUACAGAAAGAAAAAGAUCAUUUGUAUUACAGUGCUGCUGUUUUGGGAAGCAAGGUGUUUGCCUCUUGCCCAUCACAAUGUUUCACAUAUGUAUCGCCGCUGAGCCACUUUUGCAUUUUUAUCAUAUCUGGAGAUCACCUUUGUGAGGUAAAGUGAGGAUCUUCGCUCUUCCUCAAUUGGCAGGUGAAUACAUCACCAGCUACGCUUUGUCUCUUACCUGUCACAUGUAGCCAGACUUUAACUUUUAGAAGAAAAACAAUUAUUUUCGGGUCUGCUGUCCCUCCAAAGGUAUGACGUCCUCUUGAGUUUCUCUCUUAUCUAUGGUUUGCUGUAAGAAUAGAGCUUUUUAUUUCCUCAAAGACUUAGUAAGUAACUAUUUUGAAUAUAAGACACUUGUAAAUUGCUUGUAAAAUUAUACUUAAAUAAGUCAUUAUGAAAGUUAUGAUUAUACAGAGUAAACAAUAUUUUUUGCGUGGGUUUCACAGAUCUGUACAGUAGCACUCGUUUUCUGUAGCAUACACAACAAAAGCCACAUUACUCGCAAGGUCUGCAUUGAAAUGUCACCCGAAGAGAUUUCAAAGACUCCAUGCAGUUUGUAAUCAGGUAAUCAGUUUUUGUAUUUGGGGGCUGGGGUGGGGAUUACAAGCAUUGCAGCAGAUUUUUCUAAAUGGUCCACUUUAAAAGCAUAGUUCAUCUGACAAUGACAUUUCUGUCAUCAUUUAUUCACCCUCAUGUUGUUAAAAACCUGUAUGGGUUUCUUUUUUCUGUUGAA